CUCCUUGGUUUCCAUGGGGCAACGACAACAACCGCUGCCUCCCUGUCUGCUAACUAUUAGCGCAAAGAAUCCAAACCAGCAAAAAUCACCACAGUCUGUAUUUAUCUGACGAUGUUUAUACUAUAACCAGAAACUACAACUAACUAAACUACAACUCUUUACCCGCAGGUUGUUGUUUUUGUAUGACGACGACGACGCCGCUGAGCUAACAGAAACGUUAGCCCCGGCUAAUCACGUAGAAGGAGACUUGAGAAAGUUGGAAAUAUUUCAUCAUGAGUGAACAGCUGAAAUUCAUCGUUGAUCAACUGAACAGGGAGCCGUUUAAGAAAAACUUUAACCUCAUCACAUUUGACUCCCUUGAACCGAUGCAGCUGCUGCAGAUCCUCAAUGAUGUUCUGGCUGAAAUAGACCCGAAGGUAGGAGGAGGCCAACGGUUAAAAAACUGGGAGUAGGAUUCAUAAACGACUAAUUUUUGACUCUUAAUAUUUUCUACAGCAAGCCAUUGACAUCCGUGAGGAAAUGCCUGAACAAACCAUAAAGAGGAUGUGCUCUCUGCUCGGGAUGCUGAAGUACAAACCCCCUGGCAACGCCUCUGAUGUGUAAGUAUAUAAAUUAAAGUUGUUCAUUAUAUUAACUCUUUGUCUGAUAGGGGAGACUGGGGUAAGUUGAGCCACCCCCUGUUGCUUGGAAAUGGUCAAAAAAAAUGAUUAUGUGACCAAAUAUUUAGGAGAUGGGCAUCAAUUCAUGGCGUCUGUGAAGGUUAGAAGCACAUGGGUGAAGGGGUUAGACAUUUAUUUCACAAAAAAAACAUUUUUCACUCUUGAAAGUGAAUUUAGUCCGUCAUAAGUUUUAUUAGAAUUGUGUUCAGACCAAAAAAGAUCAUUUUAAAGGUGUUUUAUACAUCAAUUGUGGUAUCUAUGAGCUACAACAUGAGGUCAAAAACCAUUAAAGUCCACCAUUUUAUCUUAAAGCAGGGGUGGGCAAUUAUUUUGUCUGAAGGGCCACAUUAGGUUUUAAGAUAUCAAUGGACGGGCCGGCCAGGUGACACAUGAAACAAACCCCUAAAUGUGGAUUGGGGGCUCAAUGUGACAAAAACUAAGGAGCUGAUAGUGGAUCUGAGGAGGAACAAAACACCUGUGACCCCUGUUUCCAUACAGGGGCUACAGGCAUCCUCAUGUUAAAAUGGCUUUUUAAAAACAGCUUUUUAGCAUUUAUAUGCAAUAAUAAUAAAAAUAAUUAUUGUACCAGUUGAAUAGUGUAUACUAGAUAAAAAAAAUACACAUGAAUGUGAAGGAGGGACUGUUAUUUAGGGAGAGAGAAGGUGAGGGAGGGCUGGGGUGGAGAGUGGGGGUUGUAAGGAUGCGGCUCAACUUACCCCGCUCCUAUGGUCAACUUACCCCAUACAUGGGGUAAGUUGACCAUAGGAGACCACUUUUUUUGGCAUGCUGUAUUAUCAAGACAGUUAUGUUUACACUCAUUCUGUUGGUUUGCAGGGAUGAACAACAUCUUUAAAUAUAUGCAGAUACACUAGUUAGAGACAAAACUAUGACUGACUUGAUGUAGUGAUCUGAAAUAUGAAAAAUGGCUCAUCUGAUCCCACUCUCCCCUACAGGAGCAACUUUCGACAAGGUUUGGUGACUGGAAGUAAGCCUGUGGUUCAUCCCAUCCUCCACUGGCUGCUGCAGAAAGUUCCCGAACUGAAGAAGAGGGCUUACUUGGCACGCUUUUUAGUCAAACUAGAUGUGCCUGCAGAGUUUUUGCAGGAUGAUGUUAUAAAUGACACCCAUCAUCAGGUUUGUGUUAGUUUUUUGUUACAUCUCUACUUCAUCCCAAAGCUUUUAAAAUAGAUCAUAUUCAAGAAGUGUGUUAUGUUUGUGAUUCAGUAUGAAGAGCUGGUGGAGGCGUUCAAGACCUAUCACAAGGAGUGUGAGCAGUUCAGGACUUCAGGCUUCUCCACAGCGGAAAUAAGACGGGUAUCAAUCACUUUGCUACUCCUUGCAUUCACUGUCUGCUAAAAGUUUUUUAAAGCUACAACACAGAUUCCAUAAGAAUGUGAAAAUCUCAAUAAAAUACAGAAUUUUCUGGUUUGCAAAUAAUUUAGAUCCCAUUUGGGUAACAAAUGGUGACCGUUUUGUGACACCUGGAGGCCUGGAAGAUUAUGUAUAUCCAAUAUUAGCUAUGGCCCAUAUCUUUUACCCAUGUACCAUCAAUGAUGAAAUGCCCAGAGUCGGUCUUGCUAAGAUUUUAAUGGUUCUUCUGUGCUUGCUAAACUAUUUACUCACACAAUCUGUCAAAUAGUGGUAGACCUCAUCCCAUCUGUGCUUGUGAGGGACAUGACCUUUCUGGCAUGAACAUUUUAACACCAUAAAUCUGAAGGACAUUGUCGUUAUUGGUUGGGAAAUACUUCUUUCGGUGCUUGUACUUGUGUGUAAGAGUUGUAUUUUGAUAUCAAAAUAAUUUUCUUCUGCAAUAAAUGAACAUCAUCAAUCAUGAUUUUUAUUCUCCAACAACAGGACAUCAGCGCCAUGGAGGAGGAGAAAGACCAACUGAUUAAACGUGUGGAGAGAUUGAAGAAGAGGGUAAGGUGGAAUGUUGCAAGAGGCCCCCUCGGCGCUCUAAUGCUUGAAAGGCUUUAGGCCUCACUGGGGAAUGAAAACAUGAGCCGAGACAUUUAUUAUCAGCUUCUCUUUGGGACCUGACAGCGAUCUGACAAGCUGCUAGGCUGUCUUAACAAGGCUGUGAAGUAAUGAGGUGCUGAUUUAAUGGUUCUUACUUGUUGGCUGUGCCAAAAGGUGAAAGCUGACUCUGUUGGAGGUUAUUUCUGCUGACCGUGGGAUGCCUGCUGUCGGGUGUCAUCAUGUUAACCUCUGAUCCACUAGGUGGAGUCAGUGUCCAACCAUCAACGGAUGCUUGAACAGGCCCGGCAGCUGCGUGUGGAGAAGGAGAGAGAGGAGGCUCUAGCUCACCAGAAGCAAGAGCAGAAGAACCAAGUAAAUACUAUACAUGCACUAUUUCAACCUUACAGUAAAAAUAACAUUGGGUGACUUUGGUUUCGUUGGUGCUCUUUCCUCAGUUUGUAGGAUGAAUACUGUGUACUUUCCAACAUCACACUAUAAGGUUUGUGAUCCUGAGCCAAUUCCCAGAGAAACAUGCAGUGAAUAUGUAAUACUCAGUAAAUCAGCUGUUGUGAACAGACAGCUUUUUGAUGCUUUUAUUCACAGUUUUAUUCAAGUAUUCAGAUAAUUUUCAUAAAUCAAUUGGAAAGUUGUCAAAACCUUGGUCAAAUUUGAUCAUUUUCCAAAUGAAAAAGCCCAAAGUUCACCGCUCUGAGCCUCUUUAAUCAGCUGUUUUUCCUACCUCCCAUAGACAGAAAAACUCUUUGUGAAAAAACUCUUUUAUCACAGCUCUUGUCAAAAUAUCUCAUUAUCUAACAGGUCUAAAUAUAAACAUUUAUGCAAGAUUUUUCGGGACAAAACUUUCUUGGUAAUUUUCAUGACGUGAAUUUCUGUACCAAGAAACCCAUUUCUCUCCACAUUUGCAGCCAUAUUUACUCAUUACGAUCAAUUAAACCUUGUUAUUGGCUCAUAAUCACAAGUGUUUACAUAGGUCAAUCCUGACAAAAGAUGCUGCAAAACUAUUAAUAACUUCAGCCUGGAUAUGAGCAGACUGAAAACCAGUUCAUACAUUAAUCCUGUUGGUUUUUAUACCCACAUAGUUCAGUGUUUGUCCAUAAAAACACAUUCUGAAUGAAUUUAUUGACUCUAAUGAAUGGAGUUGCCCUCUAUGUGGAAUAAACUUAUUAACAUACAGAAUGUCAGUGUUCCUACAUCACCUUUACGAGUGAUGGUGUCUGUGUGUUCAGCUGUUUCAGGCAGAGCAGAGACUGCAGAGAUCCCAGCAGCAGUUGAAGGAUUUGCGUCAGGCUGCAGCAGAUGCCAAACCGGAGAGUGAGUCUGCUUGUGCCGCUGCUGUCUCCUCAGAGCUCAGCUGGAUGGGCGGUUCAAGGACAUGGAGGAGGAUUUGGGGGGGUCUCUGUAUUCUCCGUGCUAAUAGGCUUUCAUAUGUUGAGACCCUCUAAUUGUACUGAUCUUUGAAGUACUAUAAUAGAGCUUAUGUGAUGUCCAAAUUGACUCCUUUUGUUCUCAUCUGGUAUUGUGUUCUUCCGCCAGUGGAGAGAUUUACACAUUUGCAGUUUCUAAAAUGACCCGAGCGAUGCAGACUUGGCUAGACCUGCAAAAUGAAAGUUACUUAUCGCAAUUAACUCUUUGUGCUCAUCCCAAGGAGUACUCUGAUUGAUAAUCAGGCGCUAAUCAAGUAAUUAUCUUUCAAUAGUUAUCUUUUAAAGGACAGUUUCAGGAGUGGUGAGAUUAAUUCAUAUUAACAGCGGUGGAUUAUUUCUCACAUUUCAAGUUGUACAAGUGAUACUCAGCAUUUCGGAAGAUAAUCAGAGCUGGGGAAAGCUUAAGAGGGUUUUAGACGCAUCAUAAGCCCCAUAAUUCAUAAUGAAAUCCUCCGUCUUUUUCAGGCUUAAUGAAAAGGCUUGAAGAGGAGAUCAAAAUCAACUCCUACAUGGUCUCUGAAAAACUCCCCAAAGAGCUGGAGGGAAUGAGGCGCACAGUCCAGAACCUACAGAAAAUAGCUUCAGAGCCAGCCAUGGGACAGGCCGACAUCCAAGAUCUGGAGGACAGGGUCAGGAUCAGGAUGUGGUGUUAAAUCUGAGUAAUGCUGUUCAAGCUUCAUUCCAGAUUAUUUCCACUGAAUGUGUCAUACUUUCCACAGAUUAAAGGAGUUGACUCCCAGAUAAACCAUCUGAUCGAGAAGAGAAUGAUGAGAAACGAUCCCAUGGAUGACAAAAUGACCCUUCACAGGCAGCAGGUCAGGUCUAUAUGAGGGCCUUUUCAGAUUUAGUACUGGUGCAUGGCCUUUUCAGAGUUCAGCUGAUUCACAUUCCAGUAGGUCAGCAGUUACUCAGCACUCGGCCUUUUCUUGUGGUUUUUAUAUGCAGUGUAAUGUGACACUUUCAGGCCUCCAUCAUCAUUCGAAGGAAGGAGUCGAAGGCGGAGGAGCUUCAAGAAGCGAGAGAGGAGCUGGCUGCAGCAGAGAAGGAGCUGAGGCAAAGGAACAGCCAGAUACACGGCUCAGAUGGGGAAGAGGUCAUACGGGAUGAUGAGGUACGCUGAUUAGGGCUCUUCUUACAACAGAAAAAAUAUAUACUGAGCAUCUCUUAAAGGGAUAUUUUGGGGUAAAUUUAAUUUAGGGUUAGACACCCCUUUGAAAGAUGAAUGUUGCCGACCGUUUGCUUCUUUAGUUAUACUAACUUUAGUAACAACCGCAGAUAGGAAUACAGAGAGCCACGCACUCAACCAAAAAGCCCCUGUAUAACCACAAAUAAUGCUCAGAACAGCACCUAACUUCAUCAACAGCACAUAAAGGGUCCUAGCCAUAGCACUAGCCACCAAACAUCUUUUUAGCUUUGCCUAAGUUCUUAAGAAAAGAGACUAAACACAACUCACCUACUAUCUUCCAGCAGCCGCUUGUUUGUAGCAAGACCUCAGGCCAGAAAUGGUAAAGUAAUUAUCAUAAAUGUUCUUCCUUGAGCUGCGUCACCCCACAGCAGUCCGUAAUGGACUGGCCUGAGGUCUUGCUACAAACAAGCGGCUGCUGGAAGAGAGUAGGUGAGUUGUGUUUAGUCUCUUUGCUAAAGAAAUUAGUCAAAGUUAAAAAGAUGUUUUCAGGCUAGUGCUAUGGCUGGGACCCUAUAUGUCCUGUUGAUGAUGUUAGGUGCUGUUAUUUGUGGCUAUAGAGUGGCGUUUUGGUUGAGGUUUGUUUAUGGCUCCUCAGACUGCUGUGUAUUGCUAUCGUGCGGUUGUUACUAAAGUUGGUAUAACUAGAGAAGCAAACAGUCGUCAACAUUCAUCUCUCGACCGGGUGUCUAACUCUGUGUUACGGUGUGUUUGACCCUAAAUUAAUUUCACACUGGAAUAUACCUUUAAGUUCUGUGUUGCACCUGAUAGCAAACUUUACUUCUGGGACUGAAAAAUACAUCCCCAUUCAUACAUCCCUGCAGGCUUUUCUUCCUUUGGUUGGAGCUUCCUGUUAACAUCAAACACAGAGCCCCCAUCUGUAUCUGAGUGCGCACGAGUAGAUUUGCAAACCACAGAAAACACAAGAGGCUAUUUCUGCUCUUAUCCAAACACAGACAGGCUCACUGUCUAAUGUUACUUAUCCCUUUUCACUCGCUCUCCUCCACAUUCCCAUGUGUUCCAUAAAUAGAACCUAUAACAGAGAAUAUCCAGAACAAGGAACUGUCCACGACAAAGUGCCUGAAAGUUGUUGUUUUUUUUUCUUUCCCUCAGAAUCUGUUGUGUAAUCCGUCUCCUAAUUUAAGUUAUCUGGACAUGUUUUACACACUGUGGGGAAUAAAACCUUUGUCUUUAUUUAUAUCCAGUGACGCUGAUGUACUCCCCCCUUUCAGACACAUGGCAUGUCACAUCAAAGAAUAGCACUGACGGCUCUUGACAGGGGAGAAAAAAAAUAAGUAUUUAUGUAUUUGAUAUUGUUUCACUUAAGCCAGAUAGCCUUAAACAAUGACAUCUUCUUUCGACUAUGCAUACGUUAGGCUUACAGUUAUAGAGUUGCCUAUAAACAGUUCUGUAUAAACAGAGGGGUGCUGGAGGAUGGGGAUUUCGCAGCGACUGCAUGCACUGUGUGGAUAAGAAUUUUUAUUGCCUAGCGUUUGACGCACACUGAUAUCCAUGAGGUGAAAGCUGGGCUCUCUGUCGAGGCGGAGCAGUCACAGAAUAUCUGAGAUUGCAUUCGCUGUCUCUCCUCUUGCGUUCUGCACGGCUGUGGACACUCCCUGCAGAGGGUGCACGUGAAUUUUGUUCUGUUCGGAUGCUGACCUUGACUUCUGCCCGGCUGUUCUCUGCCAGAAAUCUUUUCUGCACUCACUGACAGUAUAAACACAUUAUUUCAAAAAAUACGCUAGGACAGUUACCUGUUGUAUUGAUGGUCAAAAAGUAGUAGAGGUUAAUGCCAUUGUUUUAUAACAGAAGCUUACAUGUCUUUUCUUCUUUUCGGUGGUUUGUUGAAUGUGCAAAACUCAACAAUUAUCUUUUGAAGAAACUGUUUCGUAAAAGGAAAAAAAGCACAUGAUGAGGCACACACAUCUCCCAAAGCAUCAGAUACAUUCAGAAUUAGAAAGAGCAAAAAAAACCUCACACUUAUUUUUUUUUUUUUUACCACUUCUAAUUCUCAACAGCGUCACUGCAUCACAAAGACUGCCUCCAGGAGUGUCUGACAUGCCCACAAGCCAGAAUAAAAGAAUAUCAGGGCAUGUUUGUAAGGACAAAGAGGGUCCUUGAGACUCUUCAUGAAUGAAGUUAAUGGAAAAUGUUUUGUCAAACACAGCUUAUCAGACUCCUCUGUAGUUUCGGGCCAUCAGCCACGGUGGAGAUGAUCACUUUAUCAGAGGUAUUUUCCAUUCUGCUGCCGGUUAUGUGUCAUCACAUGCCACCCACCAACUGCAGGGUCUCUGUAAGAGGGAUGACUACAUCUGCACAUCACUGGUUGGCCGGUUACAUGAGCCCACUUUUACUGACAGCCUUGCAGCCUCAUCACACUAGUUAAAUUUAGUCCAACAGCAGUCAAGAAACCAUCACCGAUCCGAGCAAAAUGCUUGUUUUUUUCUCGGGAUAUGUGUUGAUCUUUAUGUAAGUGUCCUUCAGCUGUCAGCUAAAAAAAAAAGGAAGUGAUGCUCUGUUACUGUACACUGUGUCCUGUGCAUUCUUAUUGGAGCAUCUGCUGCGAGUUUCUGCUCCAUGUUCGUGUUGUGAGGAAGUAUUCGAAGUCUGAGACACAAGUGGUGUUUUGACAGAACUGUCGGCCACUUUACCAGCAGUUGUUUUGGGGACACGCUGUCGGGAACACUUUGCUGUAUUACUCUGCUGUGCUAAUUCCUCUCUCAGCCAUGUCUGCCCUUGAUGUCCCAAAAUAUACAAAGAAUAAAUGUACACACUUGUGCCCUCCCACUCUCACUCACUCACUCACACACACAGAGCUUCAUGGAUCCCCAAAGGACACGGAGCACAUUCUGUGAUUUCUGGGGCUGUUCUCCCGUGUCCGUGUUCAUUUAUAGCCGCUCUUCAUAGUGGAGGAGUUUCAUUGUGUCCCAGCAGACAGUCAGGGCGGGGAGUGCGUGAACAUCCUCUAGAAGCAGCACUUCUGCCAGAUGAAGCUGUUUGCUCUCCAUAGCUGGCUUUGAAUCUGAAAGGAUCGAGUGACUGUUGCAGAUCAUGGCACGGCCCCGCUGUCACUGCUGCGCCUUUAAUCCCUUCUCUCCCCUGGCUCUCCCCAUUGUCUUCUCCCGUGGCCUUUCAUAGUAUCUCAGCUGUGCUCGACACUAGUUGACAAGUAUAGACUGUAUAUUUAUGCUUCUUCUGAAACCAAAAGAAGCUUGUAAUAUUUGUGUUUGGAGUGAAUACAUGAACUUUCAGCAAAUCAACACAGAACUCCUCAAAUAUGCAGCGUCGCUCGGUUAGGUUGCUUUAAAACUUCCAUAACACAGAUUUUCAUUUCAUGGUAGGCGACAUAUAGGGUGGGGAAACUAUCUACAUUUCAGUGUCAGUUAUGAAAACAAAAUAAUUCUGAUUAAAUGAUCCCUGCCUGCCUCUCUGUUGGACAUAUUUUGUCCUGUGUGAGGUGCUGAGCUCCCAAACACAGUCACUUCAGCUUGCACUGACAGUAGGAGGUGAGGGAGCUGUGCCAAGGCCUGCACUGGCAAUUCGGCAUAGUGGGCAUUGUCCAGGUGGGCUGACACAUGCAGGGGCAGGUAGACUUAGUCAGGAUAAAAAGUGAGCAGUGUUGGGCCCCAUCCAUAGAUAACAGGCAGUGGGAAAUUAGUGUUUGGGAUGUUAAAGUGAUGCAGGUUUAAGUAUGCAUGCUUUUUUAAUGCCUAUAUUGUGCCGAUAAUUGUGCAUCAUGAUUUUUUUCUUGUAACCAAGCAGCUCCAGCGAUGAUUUGUUCAUGAGAGAGGUCAUUUGUGCUGACAUAAUCUACAAAUUUAUAGCCACCACCACCACUUCACAACGUGUUUCAGCUUUUUCAGUAUUUACUGUAGGUAUCACCACCUAAAACUUCAUGUAGGCUAUAAAAACACACUGUUGAACCGAGCUGGGGGAACUUACUCGAGCUGUUCGCAGCACAGGAACUAGAUGUUUCUGUCAGGGGUUGGUUGUAAUCAAAGCUGAGUCAGGGAGUGGACUGGACUGGCAUUUGUAAGCCAGGCACACAUCCCCAAAUGUGCUCAUAUCUCCGACUGGGCUCACCACUUUGUUAUGUAAUUAAAAAAGCUGAUCAAGUACAUGUGCUGUAUUUGCAAGUGGUUAUUCUCCCCCAAUAGAAGUUUGAAGUCUCUUAACAAUCUGAAUCAGUGGGUAUUUGGAAUGUCCUUUUGACACUUACAUUUGUCUUUGUGUUCCAAAGCUGAAACGUUUGGUGGGGAAACUGCGCAGCAAAGGAACCGUAUACAAGAAGAAACGUCAGGAAAUCGCAGAACUGAAAGCAGAAUAUGGAGUCCUGCAACGCACAGAGGAGAUUCUCAAGCAGAGACACGAGACCGUCCAACAGAAACUGGUAACUAACACAAAUGAAACAAAUAUUUAACCUUCACUUUCAGAAACUGUUUUGAUAUUACAAGUCAAGCAUGAUCAUUACUCCUGUAGUGAUCAUUCAUGAUCACUACUCUACAUUUUUUAUGGACCAAUCACAAGCGCCUCUGUGUUCUCUUGCACUAGUAAUGAACUCCAGUACCCCUGAACUCAUGCUGCCGUUCCAAAUUUGCAGUUUUUACUUGAUCUCCCCCCAUUCACACCAUCUGCGUUGACAGAGAAGUGAAAGAAGCUUCUUGGAAAUGGCUUCACGCCUGUGUGCGGUUCCAGCACCUGACCUGUUGAUAAACUGUCUGACGCAGGUUGAGCUGCUAUUUUUGAUGUCCGCGUCCCACACUAGGAUUUGUUAAAGCAGUGGAAGUUUUCCUUCUGAUCAUGCGCUCAGCCUGUCUGCUCUUUUCUUCAUGCGUGAGCUGGAUUAAUCAGCUGAGAAGUUCUCCAUGCACACUUAACUUUGAUAAAGAAAAUCAAAUGAGGGGGAAACUUUGUUCUUACACAUGAAAGAGCGCCUCCAAGUCUUAGCAGAGGUUUUUCCCUUGGUUAUGUGCAUUUUAUGUUAUGUUUAAUGUAAAGCUGUUAAUCUCCUUACCCCGAGUUACAUGUAAAGACAGAUUUAUUUUGUGAGUCUGAUUAUUUUAACAUUCCGGUCUUUGUUUGUUUUUCAAGCAAACUCUAGAGGCCGAGAAGGGCAUUUCAGGCUACAGCAACACCCAGGAGGAACUGGAGAGGGUGUCCGCCAUCAAGAGUGAGCUGGACGAGAAAAAGGGCCGCACGCUGGACGACAUGUCUGAAAUGGUAAAUGUAUCAAGAGAUCAUUUCCAAAGUCACUGAAAACUUUCACACUGCUGCAGGUUAUCAAGUCAGGGGUGUUCUAUAGUUAGCUGGUGUUACUGUGAAAUAACAUCGCUAUCUUAACAGCCUGAGAGGAUAACAGCAGCCCCCUCUUUGGGGUCCUCUUCCCUGUGACUUAUUUUCUCGGCCUUUUCCUCUUCUUCAUAGUAACAUCUCCAAAGCUCAUGUCGUGUUGCGGUAUGUGGUUGCUUUUGUUUACUUUCUCUGGCUGAAGUCUCUCUGACUCAGCUACUUGUGCUAAAAUCCCCCUCCAAGUUUUUUUGCUGCUUUAAGCGACCACUUCUUGUCUUUUUUAACCGGCUGUUGACUGUUCGGUCAUAAACGGAUGAUUUAAAGUUAAGAGCUCUUUAAACAAAAAAAGAGAGAAGGUUUUUUUUAAAUAUAAAAUGAUACAUUUCCCCUUUUAAGGAAACUCACAGUCUGGUGAUGUCACGAUUUGUGCAAAUCUCAUUUUAUCUCACUGAAUUCUCAUUUGUUUUUUUUUUCAACCCCCUGUCGUCUCAUCUGAGGAUUACGUCCAACAUUUUAACUUAACAUUUCACAGGUUUCAGAGGGUUUUGAUCAAUCAAAAUCAGGAAUUUAACACACAGUGGGUUUGUAAGAAAACCAGGUCAUAAAUAAGUGUUAAUCUGAAACCUUUGGAGCUCAGUGUGAAUUGUAUUGAUCAUUUUAACCACGCUCCAUCAUGUCCCCUAUUAAAAGACCAAGACUACUUAGUACAUAGUUAUGAUGUGGUUCACAGCAAGUCCUUUAAUGACCUGGAAGAUCUUCAUAUUAAGGAAACAUUUGCUUUUAAGUAUAAAUUAGUCAAACAACAUGAUUUUUUUGGCAGUAAAGUACCAAACAUUGGAUUUUAGUAGGAAAUUAAGAUGUUUUUUAAUAUAUUCCCAAUAACCAUAGAAGGCUUGAGAGCGUGUCUCCUCACACCUCCUCCUACCUUAACAAACUUCUCACUGUUUUACAAUGAUCCUAAAAAUAGACUUCUUCCUGGGAAAAGUUUCUUACAUACUUCCUGCUACAGCAACUUGGAAAGUCUAAAAGUUUGAAACCAAAAGAAAAGUUUGGUAAAAAAGUUUUCGGGUCGACUUCAUGUGACUUAAAAAAAAGUUGAGGUUAUUUUAUACCACACCAAAAAAUCAUUCCAUAGGUGGACACUUUUGACUUACAGUACAUGUAAUUUGUUAUGUGUAUAACAAGGAUAUCGAUCAAAUUAACACUCAUAUCAUCUUUAUUAUCGAGUUCAAGAUUCCAGCUUUAGCUCAUCAGGCAGACUGACUUUCUGACUGUAGUGAGAUGGGUCACACAUGAACGCAGAAUGAUUACAUCCUCUUGAUGCAGUUUGGGUGCUAACUACAACACUCUGUUUCUACAGUUGGAGGAAAAAAAGGAGUAAACGAUGAAAUAAACGCAGGUGCAUCUCAACAAAUCAGAAUAUGCAGAAAAGCCCAAUCUGCAGUUCAUUUAAAAAGAUAAACUUCUAUUAAUUCCUAUUUAAUGGCACACAAACAAAAAAAUGUGUAACUUCUGAAAAAUGUAUUCAUUUUUAUGCUCAAGAUCGUCACUUUCUUAAGUAGCUAAUGGAGAAUAUUUGACUUUUUAGGAUGUUCUAGAUUGUUAAGAUGUACCUGUAAAGGCUAAAUCCUGUAAAGCUGCCACGGUUUCAUGGUCCUGGAUUUGUGCAUGCUGGCUCUCUGUCACACAUCACACCAGGACACUUGAAUAGAACAUUGCCUUUGUAACUGUGAUAGUAACACCUUUCCUGUGUCUGCAGUGAAGGAGAGCUGUUAGCACAUGCUGUUGUAUGACCUCAGAUAAUGUGCAACAUAACCCAAUCUUAACAGAAGCUGCACCAACGAAGCGGAAAAUCACCGGAGACAUUGUGCAGAGUAUUUAAUUUAAGAGAUUUUAUAACAAACGGAUACUUACCCUGCUUGUGAGCAUUCAAGCAUUUUGCUCAAUUCUCAAGAUAAAUGGUUGACAUUAUCCCUGCAUAACUUACAAACUCUGCCGUUUUUAAUCAAUCUGACAUCCGUUUGAAUAAACGCCCAAAGGGAAGCAAUUACAGCUGAUUAGGCUUCAAUCCAAACUGUUGUGAAUUCGUUGUUCAGAGUCUGAACUUGUAUACAGGAGUUAAACAUCCCCAGCUCCAGAUCUGAUCCAUGUAGAUAAUUACUGUAAAGCUAUCAGGCUGAAUCCAUUGUGUUUGUUUUUUUUAAUUAGAGUGACAGAAUUGAUCUUUUAUUCAUCUUCAAAGUAGAAAAAAUAUUUAAAAUUGACUCUUAUUUUUAAGUUACGUCCCCUUUAGACCAUACAUCUGUUUUAACUGUAAGAUAAGAAAAAUAGUGUAGAGUAUAUUUAUAAAAUGGGAAUAAUAUUCCUAGUUAUUUACCACAAACAUUAUCACUGACCACCUUGCGCCUUAGCACUUACAAUUCUGUUCUUUUGAAAUUUUUUGUUUUUUUAAUCAGAUUUUAUAUUAUUUUCAGAAUUUAAAUAGAACCAUAUAUCAUUAAGCAGUGGUCUGAUCUAGGGAAUAAUAAUUAAUAAACCUUUACAGGUACAUCUUAACAAAUGAGGUAGGGAAUGACAAGAAAAGGAUGAAACAUGAGGAAAAAACAAAACAAAAAGGAGGGUAAACAAAGAAAAGCCCCAACAACCACAACAACACAACAAUGUGUCAUCAAUUAAAGAAAUAUGUGUCCUUGUACUUAUCAAAAAGUGUGUUUUAUCACCAGUCAGCUCAGUCUGGGACCUCUUAAACCACUGUUUCCUAACUAUUCCACAAAAGGCUGGUGUGGCUGUAGGUUUUUCUUUCAACCAAUCAAGAGCUUGCAGUCUGACCAAUCAGCUGUCUGAAGACUGAGAUCAGCUGAUGAAAAAAAUCAAGUCUGGUGUAUUGCUGCUUGGUUGGAAGAAAAACCUGCAGCCACACCAGCCCUUUGUGGAAUAGAUUGGACAUGCCUUAGGUAAGUUAUCCAUAAGGGGUCACCAUGUGUCCAUAAAGACAUCAUCAUUCCUGAAUCCAUUGUGUAAUGAACCACAGUCAGAUUUACCUGCAUCUUAUUCUUGAUCCUUUCAUUUGACUGUAUUUGUAUGAUUGCUGUUGUUUCCAUCCCUAACCCUGCGUGUGCUUUCGGCUCUGCUUUACAGGUGAAGAAACUAAACUUUAUGAUAGCGGACAAGAAGACAGCUCUGGCGCCAGUGAUAAAAGAACUAAGGUCACUGAGGCAGCGGUGUCAGGUGAGCAUUAACCACACUGAACACCUUUACUACAAGAAUCCUCCUCCAAAAUAAUGACCACCUUAUCAAAUAUUAGGGCUGGGCGAUAAACCGAAAAUUUACUGAUACUAAAAUUUACAACAAUAACCAAUGUCAUUUUGCCUAAAUCGGUAUAUUCUGUGUCAUAAAAACUAAUACAAGUUGGUUUUGGAUGUGUGUAGGUAGGCUAUGGUCUCAUGUCCCUUUGAGACGCUGUCCUACGUCAGAGGACAGUUCAAAAGUUGUAGUGGCUGAAGUUAAUGUGGGUGAGCAGCUUGUGGAGCAGUUAUCAUCCAUUUAUCAUUAUCAGGGUGAACUGUUCAAUAUAUUGUGAUAUUGAUUUGAGGCCAUAUCGCCAAGCCCUAUAAAAUGAUGCUGCUGGACCACAUGAAACUCUGGGGCUCAGGAGAAAUCCAGACAAGACAGUGAUAUUAAUCCAGGAGUCAAUGAGUGCAGCAUGAAUAAAAUAAGAUUUCAGUUCUACAAACUCCAAAAUAGUGUGUUUGAUGAUGUUGAUAGUAGACUCUUGUAAACCAAAGCUCUUAGAAACAACACAAAGUCUUCUCUGUGAGGCUUGAGCACAGACCAGUUUUUGUUUUUGACAAACACAAUCUGUUCCAAGUUUAAAAAAAAAAAACACUAAAUGGUCCUCCCUUCAUCAUGUGCCAGCGAGUCAGUAAGAAUUAAUCUUGAUGUGUUAGUGUAAUCAUGCAGAGGUUCACUGAGAAUAAUUUACAUAGUUUUUAAAUAUAAUAUACCAUGGGAAAGCCCCCUACAUCACUGAGCGAAAGCAGAGGAUUAAAUUUUCCUACAUGUGUUCCCAGAAUUGCUCUCCCUAUUUUACAGGGUAAUGUCUGCUAAUGAAGAGCUGCAACAGGAAGACAUAAAUAGACUUUGUAAGAGCCGGGUGUAAGUUUAACCCGGCUGUGAUGCUGUGUUGAUGUGAAACAGUUCAGAGUGGAGAGUUGUGAGACUGAUGGAAUCUAUAUGUUUGUUUAAAUUCCUAUAAACUACUAUAUAUACUCUAAGUGUGUCUCUGAGUUCCUGUGUGUCUGUUUGGAUUUCUCUCGUACCAGGAACUAAGCCAGGAAUAUGAGGAGAAGAAGGGGCAGUAUGAGAGCUGUACUGCUGGUUUGGAGAGCAACCGAUCCAAACUGGAGCAGGUAUCCUGGUUGUUAAAGCACAGACAGGAAGACGUCAAGAAUUUGUGAAAAUGUAUUCAUCAAGUUUUCUUUUUUCAUGUACAGGAAGUGAAAGUAUUAAGAGAGGAGACAGCACAGGAUGAGAACAGAUAUCAUUAUCUCAACUCGAUGUCGGAGGCAAGUUUACAAAUGAAUAUAAUUGAAAAGCUCGAAUUCAUACUGUGAAGUUUGAGCGUUGACUCGCUGCGACUCUGCAGGAACAGAAAAAAAGUGUUUUUGCAUAUGACUCGCCUCAUCACACCCACUCUGAUGGCACACUCGAUCACUCUGUCUUCUACAGAUCAUUGAGAUGCAAAUUCAGCGGGCAGCAGAAGAGACUAAAGCUUACGUGUCCUCUGAUCCGCAAGAGAAGAAGAAGACUAUCAGGUGAGCCUGCUGGGCCAGACAAAUACUCUCUCUCUCCCCUUAAGAAGCUCUUAUUACCACACAGUCAGUUUAGCUUAUCACAUUAUUCUUUCAUGAAACAAAGCUAGGUGUGCCACACUUUGUGUCAUCAACAUGUUAACUUAAAAAGCUUGGAUUUUUAAUGAUACUCUGCUGCUGCUGCUUCUUUUGUAGGGAAGUGUACAUGAAGAACAUUUCCGAACAGGAGUCACUCGGCAAGGUGAGAAAGCGUCUCCGAGUACGUCUUGAGUACUUGAGAGUAGACAAGGACACGCGCCGGGAGCUGCUUCCCACUAAUCACCCCUUUCUUUUCGUGGUCCCUAGAAACUGCGUGAGAAGCAGAAGAUAGUGAGAGAAAGCCAUGCAGACAACAUGGAGCAGAUGAAGUUGUGGCACGACUUGGAGCAGCUGAUGGAGUGCAAGAGGCAGUGCUACAUUAGAGCUCAGAGCCAGGCGUCGAUUGGUCAGGUCAUUCAAGAGGGGGGAGAGGAUAGGCUGGUUCUGUGAGGGCAUGUCAAGGCCGGGUCGACUGCAGGUCACCUACAGCACAGUGCACCACAUGAAGGUUAAUCUUACAGCUUCCUGUCACGUGUCCAUAUCUUUUUAUAUGUCUUGUGUUAUAAAACACUAUAGUACUUUCAAAGAAUAGAUUUAAAGUUUGCUCCCUUGUCCUCAAUUUUCACUUUAUUUUGUAUGAGACCCACUCGAGUAUCUUUUUGAUAAGGACGUGGUUAGAGGUUCUCUGAGUUUUACCACAUCUUUAAGGAUACACAUUCAUUUAAAGUGUUUGAAGAUAACAGCUCACAAAGUGGUGCACUUAGGAUGUGGCUGCUGUCAACAACUGCCAUGACCUUUGUGAGAGUAUCAAGGCAAGUUUGGAAUUGGCAGGGACCCCCUUUGCAGAUGAAAUGGUCUCCAUGAUAUACUUGUUUCUAUUUAAUUUCAUAAAAUAUAGUAUUUUUUAUAAUAGACCCUCAUUAUAAUAUUAAAUCAAAAGAUAUUUUGGUUGUUAAUGUAUUUCUAUUAAAAAUGAUCUGACAAAC